AUGAACAACCGCGAGUCAGGACGCACCCCGAGCAGGACCCCACCCAAGCCGAACCCACCCCGAGCAGGAACACCCCGAGGCAGGCCCACCCCCCGUACAGAACAUCACCCCGAGCAGACCCACCCGAGCAAACCCACCCCUAAGAGGACCCACACGAAUGCGGGACCCACCACGAAGCAGGGACCCCACCGAUCAGGACCCCCACCCCGAGGCAGGACCCACCGGAGCACGAACCCACCGCGAGCAGGACACACACCGAACCAGGACCCGUACGCGAGCAGGGACCAACCGCCGUCAGGACCCAACGCGAGACCCACCCCGGACCAGGACCCACCACGACCAGGACCCACCCCGAGCAGGACACACCCGCCGACAGGAGACCCAAACCGGCUAAGCCAGGACACACACGACGAAGCGGGACCCACCGCGACAAGACCACCCCGACCAGGACCCUACCCCGACCAGGACCCACCCGAGCAGGGACAACUCCGACAGGACCCACAGCGAUCAGGACACACCAACGAAGCGGGGCCCACCGGAGCAGUACCCACGCGAGCAGACCAACCAGAGCAGGAACACACCCCGACCAAUUACCUCACCCGAGAGCAGGACACACCCAGACCAGACCCACCCGAGCAGGACACCACCUCCGACCAGGACCACCUCGAGCAGGGACACACACGAAGCGGGGGACCGACCUCGAGCAGUACCACCGCGACCCACCCGAGCAGGACCCCCCCCGAAUCAGGGAACCCACCGCAGCAUGGAACCACCGCGAGCAGGAAACCCCCAAACCGAGCAGGACUACACACGCGAGCAGACCACCACGAGCAGGGACACAACCGCGAGACAGGAGCCCACGCUAGAAGGACCCACCCGAGCAUGACCACCCCGAGCAUUCCAACCUGCGAGCAGGACCCCACUGCGAAUCAGGACCAACCGCGAGCAGUACCUCACAGCACCAGGACCCACCGCGAGGAGACCCACCGCGAGCAGGACCCACCCCGAGCAUGGACCACAACCCGAGCAAGGGACAACCGCGAGCAUGACUAG